GUCAUAAGGCCAUAAGGUCAGUAGUACCCAAUGCUCGAACGAAUACUCAGUUCUCGCAUUUAGCGUUAGAGAGAGAGCCUCGAGAGACGUCGUUCUUCCCUCUCAGCGUCUGGGCAAUUUAACUAAUGUUUGUACCUCAACCGUAGUUCUUAAUCCUCUGGCUCGUAACAUGUUCUAAAUAGGCAAUUUCUAUGUGAUCCAGAUCAUCUGCCAUCUUCAGAAAUGGGCGAAUCAGAUAGCGCCCAACAGUAUUGUCUUCGGUGGAAUAACCAUUCUGACAGCAUCAUCUCAGAAUUUGAAGUUUUACUUGGGCAAGAAGAUUUUGUGGAUGUGACUCUCUCUUGUGACAGAAAGAGUAUCAAGGCACAUAAAGUUGUUUUAUCAGCUUGUUCAACAUAUUUUCGAAGACUUUUGAAAGAUAAUCCUUGCCAGCAUCCCAUCAUUAUCUUACGAGAUGUUGCUUACACCGAGCUUUCAGCCAUUCUUUUCUUCAUGUACCAUGGUCAAGUGAUGGUUGAACAAGAUCGAAUACCACAACUUCUUCAGACAGCCCAGUUAUUGGAAGUUCGAGGAUUGUGUGAAGUUAGAGAAAGCCAAUCGGCUUCCAAUAAGGAAGAUAAAGAAGGAGAAACACCACCACCUAAAGGAAAUCAAUCAUUCCUUGCUGGUCUCCUCAACACCAGUGUGUCUGCAACAAAGAGAUCUGCUUCUGUUUCUGACACAAAUUCCUGUAGCAAUUCCAGUCCAACCCCGCCACCAGUUGCCAAACGACAGAGAAGUUCUGGAGGAUCUUCACGCCCAGUGCCCAUGUUACAAUCCAUUUUAUCUCAGCAACUUGCAGUGCCCACAACCCCAACAUUUGAUUUGACAAAAUCAAUGGGAAGCUCCACCAGAGCACUUACUGCACUGGCUUCAAAAGUGCAAGCCAAUACAUCAUCAUCUCCACAUGCGGCAUCAACAACGAAUUCCACCACGGGCAACAUCCUUCCGACAUCGUUAGAAAAUUUACUUAAUUUAAGCUCAGCAGUUAUGGCAGCUGCCUCGUCGGGAUGUCACAACAACGGAGCUGACAUCUCUGCUACUAGUUCGUCAGAUGAGGACAUGAACGACAAAGAUGAUAAAGUUGAAUCCUCAUUUGGUGACAUGGAAAACAGCAGUCAUGGUGGACCAGAUAUGGAGCCUGACCCGCAGGUAGUCGAAAUCAAAGAAGAGCCUCUGGUGGAUUUUGAGGACGAGUUUGGAGAGGAAAAUAGUCCCCGCGGGGCUGGAGGGGGAGGCCCUAGUGGCGACGAAGAAAGCGAAAGCGAAACAGAAUUAGGAGCGAUAAGUGAGAACAGUCGAGGAGAAGCAUUCUCACUUCCGCUAUUGGCCCAGCAUUUGGCUGCACCUAACCUAUUAAGUGCAUCGGCCAAACUUCGCGCUGCCGCCUCUCAAGCUCGUCACCUCUCAACCAGCAGUAACGACAGCAUGUCCCAGCUCGUUAUGGGUCCUUCUACUUCACCUGAUGCAGGAGGACCAGCUGCCAUGUCAACAAGGUCUGAUACUGCCAGUCCCAGUUUUGAUCCCCUUGCGGGAGACCCCCCUCGGAAAUUGGCCUUCCAUGAACCACGCCCAUGUCCAAUUUGUCGCCGAAUGUACCGCGAUGCCGCUACCUUACGCACCCACACCGCCAUUAUGCACGCCGAAGGAAGGGAUCCAUUCGCUUGUCUGUGCGGAGAAUUAUUCCGCACUAAAUACGAAAUGUACAAUCACAAGAAGAAUGGUCACAGAUGAAAGCGUUUUCUCUAUUUGUUGUUUCGUAUGCCUCCAGUGAUAGUUAUUUUUCAUUAUUCGUUCCAGUUUUAUUUUUUUUUAUUUUUCCUCAUUCGUGCAUCCAGUGAAAUAUUUUUAUAUUUGUUCAGGAUCUAACGUAUUUAGCCUGUAAAACGUGGGUUUAUUAAUUUAUGACUAUUUUCGCUUUUUACGCUUUGAUCGCCUCUCCCCUGCAAGACUGGGGCAAUUGGCAUUAUGUGCAAGCUUUUUAUUGUUUUUUUGUUUUGGUAUUUUUUAUAUCUACCAGUAUGUUUCCUAUGCAUUGAUAUGAAUUUUCCAGUGUCAAAUAGUUCCUUUAACUUUCCGUACUAUAUUGAAAGCAUUCAAAAUUAUAGUUACUUAUUAAACCCAGCUAUUGCUGCUGCCAACGCGUGCAUAGUGCCGAGGUUUUUGAAAAGGUGAACGACAUGUCCAGUGAUCCCGUAUGUAGUGCUCCGCCAUUCCAGAGUACCCAUCGUGGGUACCGGACUAAACGAGCCCGUAGAAAUAAGUGUAUCACCAUUUCAAUUCCCGCUAAAACACAGCAAAGUGUAUUCGCGUAUCUGUCUACUGUUCUCCAUGCCCCCUAUGUACAACUUUGGCUGUAAAAUAAAACCAUUUUGUUUGUUUAAA